AUGCCUGAUCUGCACACUCUCCCAGAGGGAUCCAGGCCCGACAAGGCUGUGCGCAACAACGGACCGGAUAAUCUUGUCCUUGAGCGGUACAAGCUGAGAGAACUGGCCGAAGGAUGGCCUUCGUACCGGCAAGUACCUUAUUACUACAGCGAUGCUUGUGAAUGGGAGAACUUGAAAUCCAUUUUCCACCCAGAUGCAUACAUCUACACCACCUGGACGGGCAAGACGCACCAUCUUGAUUUCAUCGCGGCGUCUCAGAAAGGAAUGGACAAUGGUGCCUUCAUCAUGCAUCGCUGCCACGGGGUCAGCACCGACAUCAACGUAGAAGCCACUCGGGCAGUGACGAAGAUGAAGGCCACCAUCACUCAGCGGUUUUACUUUGACGAUGGUGAGGCGGAUGCCGAGAGCGAUUGUCGCUUUUGCUUCUUUUGGGUAAAGACCGAGGAUGGUGAAUGGCGAGCACGAUAUGUGAGGCACUGGUACGAGAAGGAUAAAUUGAUUCCCGUCAAUCCCAACAGGGUCCCCGCGCUGGAUGAGGAAGCUCUUCAAAAGUUUCCCAGUGGAUAUCGGUAUCUGGCCUACUGCCAAGAAAAGACCAUGGGCGUCAAGGUCUUGCUCGACAUGCCAGGGCACAGGCGCGAGCAGAGCGACUUACCUGGGAGCUUCAAGAAGUGUGGAGAUAAACAUGACUUGCUGUAUUGGCAAUGCAAGAAGUGGGUUGAGGGCGCUGAAGACCUGGAAUUUUGA